UAGUCUAUUGAGUAAGAUUAUGUGAUCUAUUGUGUCAAAGGUUGCACUAAAGUCUAGCAAUAUAAGAAUUGAGAUUUCAUCAAGAUCGGGUGUUAAAAGGAGGUCAUUUGUAACUCUAAGCAGUGCUGUCUCUGUGCUAUGGUGGGGCAUGAAUUCUGAUUGGAACUUUUCAUACUAGCUAAAUUGAAAAGGAAAUGCUUAACACAAGCGGACCAACCAAUGACAGCCGUCAGUACCCCUGUCUUCACAAUGAGAACUUUAAGUACAUUCUUCUUCCAGUGAGUUACUCUCUGGUGUUUGUGGUGGGUCUGGCGCUAAACAUCACCGCCAUGUAUUUCAUCCUGUUUCGAACCAAACGCUGGAAGCCCACCACCAUCUACAUGAUCAACCUCACAAUUUGUGACACCCUUUACAUCUUUACUCUCCCGUUUCUCAUCUUCUACUACGCCGAUGGGAAUACCUGGCCGUUCGGUGAGCCCAUGUGUAAACUCAUUCGUUUUCUCUUCUACACAAACCUCUAUGGAAGCAUUCUCUUCCUCAGCUGCAUCAGUAUGCACAGGUUUUUGGGCGUGUGCCACCCGGUGCGCUCUUUAUCAUGGAUGAGCGCUCGCCGAGCACGUUUAGUCGCUGUGUGUAUUUGGCUGACCGUGCUCAUCUUCCAGUCACCGAUCCUUUAUUUCUCCAGGUUGACAGAUGGUGAUAGUAAUAUAAAGGCAUGUCAUGACACCACCAGCAAGGCACUCUUCAAUAACUUUAUGGUUUACACCUCGGUGGUUAUGGUCUUGCUUUUCGUCCUACCGUUUGUGGUGGUGCUGGUCUGUAACGGUCUAAUAGUGAGGAAACUUCAACAGCCUGGAGUAGGUGGAGGACCAUCGCCAGAGCGUUCCAAGCAGAAGUCUGUGAAGAUGAUCAUUAUCGUCCUUCUCGCCUUCAUGUUAUGUUUCCUGCCAUUCCACUUGAAUCGUAGUAUAUAUUACGGAUUUCGCUAUAUGCAGGUGCCCUGCAAGAUACAAGAGCGAGCCAAUAUGGCGUACAAGGUCACGCGACCCUUGGCCAGUGCCAAUAGCUGCGUUGACCCCAUCCUUUAUUUUAUGGCAGGACAGGGUUUUAGAAACAGCAUCAGUAAGAAGUCAGUAUCAAACCAAAGGUCUGUAUAUGUCAAAUCUCCCUCAACCACACUAUGUUGAACUCUAACAGAUUGACAAUUGAGACAUUGCUGGUUUGGAUCAUCUGACUUCAACGUAGGACUUCUGUUGACAAUUUUUAAUUGUAAAUUAGAUUUAUAUAUAUAUUUCUGUUU